AAUGUUUUGUUUGCGUCUUGUACAAAUCUGUUCUCAGACUCACAGUUUUUCUCGACAGACUUGUCUUUCUGCUCAGUGUGCUCGGAACUACAUUUCCCGUCAUACGGUGUACGAUUUUGAACCGGAAGUUAAAGUCUCGCACAUGAUAAAGCAUGAGUGCUGAAGGAAGUGGGGCUCACGUGCAGCGCUGGUGUGGUGUGAUGAGUCUGUGGAGACGGCCCCAAAUCAAAAAUGUCUGGUGCUAAACGGAGGAUACGUGAUAAGAAGAUGAGAAAUCAGCCGAGCAGCGUCACUUACUCCUCAGCAGAAUUGGACACCCGGCGAGAUGAGAGUUGCUGGCACAACGGGCAAGGUCAGAGAUACGAACAGUCCCCGCAGACCCGAGGCCGUGGCCCCCCACCCUCGGGCUCUACCUUGGGUGGUCAGCAUGAUGGCUGGGUCAGGGGCUGCCAUGGAAGGGCUCCCCAGGAGCUGCCCAGGUUCAUCACAGCAUCCACCUUUGCUAUGGCACGAGCGGCGGAAGUGCAGUCCAUGCUGAAAGCAGUCGCCAAGACAACGGGCAGCUGUCAUGUAUUCGGAGCCCUCCCCAAGCACAUGAGACGGAGGGCCAUGAGCCACAACGUCAAGCGUCUGCCGCGAAGACUGAGGGAGGGGGCUCAGAGGAUGCUGGAGAAAAGCAGGCAGGCUGGUCAAAAGGACAAGAAGGACCAACCAAAGAGCAAGAGUCGCAAAGCUCGCCGUCGCCACAGCAAUCUGCUGCUUGAGUUCAACCGGCGCCAGAGGAAGAACGUGUGGCUGGAGACGCACAUCUGGCACGCCAAGCGUUUCCAUAUGGUCAAACAGUGGGGCUACUGCCUGGGUGACAGACCCACCUACAAGUGCUACCGGGCUUGUCACAGGGCCAUGGGCAGCAGCUGUCUGCUGCAGGACCUCUCCUACUACUGUUGUCUAGAGCUCAUGGGACCAGAGGGGCAGCUGCUGGGGGCUCUGUCCAAGCUGGCCAGUAAGGAGACUGGCCCCACGUUUGCGGCGGCAAUGUGCCUGUCUGGGAGACGGCAGGGCAGUGCAGUGCUGUACAGAGCAGAUGGUUACCCCACAGAACCCCUGGGCCCUGUGCUCUUCCUCUGGAGGCCCAGGAGUGAAGGUUCCACUGAUAGGCAGCUGUGGAUCUGGGCUCAUCCUUCUCUCAAACAGGAGCUCCUCCUUGAGCUACAGUCAGUCUGCCAGUGUUCUCAGCCUGUGGCUUUGCCUACUCUGGUCACCAUUGCUUCAUCUUCAAUGGAAGCUGAUCCAGUGGUGAUGCCAAAGGGGUCAGCCGAGGAACCUCCUGCAGGCAGAAAGAGGAAGAAGAUGGGGAGGGAAUCAGACCAGACUGUCCCAGCAAAGAAGAUCGUGGGUGAUGGCACUCGGUCUCCAGCAGCUCCCACUUCCUGGAGGUCCGAUUCUACUGGGAUUGUCAUCGGUGACUUGACCAUGGAGCUUGUUCGCUACCGUCUGAUUGGCCCGCUGUCCCAUGGGGUUCUGGCGGACGCUUUGACUCCUGCUUCCGACUGUGACGGUCCCAGCAAGACUAAGCCCUCGUUCUUCUGGUGGCCUGAACACUGCAAGGAGGAGAGCAACAUGGUGCUUCAUCAACAGCAGGCGCACGUCUUCCAGCAGCUCCGAGGCCUGCACUCGACAGCUGAAGUCCCAUCAGGCUGUGUUCUCGGGCUCACCGUUGAUGACCCCAGACUGACCAUGCCUAACGGAGGCAAACCAUUGGCCCGGAUCCAGCGGCAACAAGGGGGUGAUGGCAGCAGUGCAGAGGAGGCUGCACAGAGGCUGCUGAUGCUGCAGGGAGUUCCAGAACCCUGCUGCCAGAGCUCCCUGUGGGACCGGUGUGUCCGUGACAGCGUUGCACACAACAAGAUUUCAGAGCAGGAGCUGAACCGGAUGAAAAGUGAGCUGCUGGUCCCAGGUUCACGGCUCCAGCCUACCCCCCUCCAGGGUCGUGUGCCGAUUCUACUCAUGCAGCAGCCCGGAAAGCAGACUGGUGGGGAGAUGGUGUCCUGGGGUGUUGGUUGGGACCUCCUGCUACCCAAGGGCUGGGGCAUGGCCUUCUGGGUCCCUCUGGUGUACCAGGGUGUGCGUGUUGGCGGCCUGCGGGAAGCACUCAAGCACUCCCAGAACAAAGGGGCUCCGCACUUCCCCCACGACUACCCAGACUGCCCGACAGGGGCACAGUUCCUCCAGGAACAGGCAGCAGAACUUUGCGAGAAGUACAAGAGACGUCCCCCUGCCAAGAGGCCCAAUUACAUAAAGUACGGCUGCCUCGCCCCCUUCCUGUGCCCUUGGCAGCAGCUGUGUGAGGAGUGGGAGGUGAUCGUGAAGGAGGAAGAUCCCACACGAACCCAGCCUGACCCCGGGGCUGCUGCUCAGGAAGUGACAUCACAGGCACGAUUUAGUGUCCUGAGGAACAGGAAGGUCCUCCAGCAACUGUCUGCCUGGUGCAGACCCACCUCCUCCAGAGGUCAGAGGUUGCGACAGCCUGCGCAGCUGGAGCAGCUGACUGCGACAUCGGUGGAAUCUCUCUCCAGAGCUCACUGCAGCUGCUUGGUGUGGGUUCGAAUCUCCCUGCUGAGAAGGGGCCACCCUGUGCUGCACGCCAUGAUCUGUGCACCCACACCAGAGGACUUGGCACUGCUAGGGAGUGACCCCACCUGCUGUGGCCCCCUGGAGCCCCGCCACACCGACCACUUUAAGAGCAGAGUGAAGCGUUGCAAGAAGGGCGGAUCAUCCGGAGAAUCCGCCCACAAGCUCGAGGAAGGUGCUGAGCCUGGCCCCGCCCCCAGCCUUACGCCAGGCCUUUGGCCAGACCCGCUCCCAAGCGUGACCUCCCACUGCUCGCGGGUCACCCUGGGUUGGGCAACCCAGGGGGACUUUUCUCUGACAGCAGGCUGUGGGGAGGCACUGGCCUUUGUCAGCCUUACAGGUCUCCUGCAUACACUCCUUCAGCAGCCCCCCAACCAGCGGGGUGUUGUUCUGCUCCGGAACCCGGCAUCGCUGCAGUACCGCUUCGCCAAACUCACUGUGGAAGUGUGAUUGAUUUGAUGGGUUUUUUUUUUUUUUUUUUUUUUCCUCUCCCCUCCCCCCCAACUGAUCAUGUCUUUGGGGGGGGGGAAUGCAGGCACAGCGUAAAUACCAACAUGGCCUCAAUUAUGUAGAAACAUUUAACGCAGUUUACAGGUGGAUGGAAACGGUUUUCAAUUACUUGGCAGCCUUGUCUGUGUCCACAUUGUGU